AGGCGGUCCCAGAGUGCGAGACGCAGCUGAGAGAGUUGAGUUUCACGCUCCUCGGAAGUGUUAUAAUUGAACCUGGGAGUUCAUCGCACUAAUCUAAUCGCAAAGUUUGUAGUAUACGGCUUGUGUGACUAUGCGUGUUUGCAUCAGGAUUGUUGAGCAGGAGUUUAUGCACGAGUGGCGCAUUUUGUCUUUGGCACCCCAAGAAGACGUGCGUAUUAUUUUGUGGAUUUAGACAUUCCUUCUCUUCAGACUGCCAGACACCGUGGGAAGUUGAACAUGGAUUUGAAAGCCCCCGUCAGAUUUUUCCACAAGUCUUCAUUCAACAUCAGCAGCCUGCUGUUUCGACGAGAGGGAGUGAUGAGUGAUGACGGCACCGCGCUGGAUGGGACCCUUUCCAGAAAACACAUUUAUUCUGGGCCAUCUACUAGGCCUAAAGAAGUUUGUGCUCAAGAUGGAAAAUAUGAUCUACAUAGAGACAAAAACUGUGAUAAUAAAGAGUACUCAGCGAAAGAGGACGAACGAGUCUCCAGAAACGGAGAAAGGGAAGACGGAGCAGAUACAGAGGGAGUGGGAGAGGUGAAGACAUGUGUAGUAGUAGAGGGAAAAGGUAAACCGGAGAAACCUCCUUUCAGCUAUAACGCACUGAUAAUGAUGGCUAUUCGCCAGAGCCCGGAGCGAAGACUUACCCUCAACGGCAUUUACGAGUUCAUCAUGAAUAACUUCCCUUACUAUCGAGAAAAUAGGCAAGGAUGGCAGAAUUCAAUCCGACAUAACCUGAGUUUGAACAAGUGCUUUCUCAAAGUACCUCGCCAUUAUGAUGACCCAGGCAAAGGCAACUACUGGAUGCUUGACCCUUCAAGCGAGGACGUGUUCAUAGGGGGCACAACAGGUAAACUCCGGCGCCGUUCCACGGCGGGCACCCGGGCAAAGCUGGCAAUAAAACGGAGUGCCCGUUUGACCUCCACCACUGCCGCCGGGCUGGCGUUCACUGGGUCCUUUUAUUGGCCGGUGCCAUCGUUUCUAAACCUUCAACCUCCUGCGCACUCACACCCGGGCACAGGGUCAUAUGUAGGGCCCCAUCACUCCAACUAUGCCACCUCGAUCUUUUCUCAACGGUCACACCACAUGAGUGCCAUAAAUGCUGGAGCAGACCGACUCCUCCAAACAAACCAAGAGUCGUCUUAUUUUGACAUGGGUGCAGGCGUGCAAUACCGUCGCCAUCACCAAAUGAGCGCAGCCACAAUAUUCACCUCUUCGUCGUUGCCAUGCACUUUGUCUCCUCCAAACCCUUGUUGCUUUAACCUGCUCUCUGGACAAGCGAGUUCUUUUUAUUCGCAUCACCAGGUACCCCACCCGGCGACAUUCAAUACAUGGUGCCAGGAGGAGUACCCCUCAUCCACGGCAUCUCCAGCCGGACACAUUUACUCCAGAAAAAACGGACCAUCGGAUUGCUUGGGGAGUUUGUGCGCGGAGUUCCCUAAUUAUUUUCCUCCAAGCAGCCCCACGAGCUCCCUCAACACCAAUCUUUCUUGGGAUGCAGGGAAAUGACCACCUUUAAUUCUCUAUUAAAUUAAAAACCUGUUUCUCUUUAUGGAUUAUAUCUGUCUACUAAUGCUGCGAAAUUGAUUCAAAUAAUGUAUGUGAGUUUGCUAUUUCCCAAAUAGGCCUAUCUGUCUUUGGAAAUAUAUUUUUUAAUUUAAUCAUCCGUUUUUAAAUAAUUGCCAAUCACGCUUUAUUGUCCAAUUUCAUCUAAACGUAUCACUAAAAACGCCACUCACCAUUUUUUCUUCUUCAGUGCAAUAACCUAUAAUAAUGUUGUAUUAUUUCACGACAAAUUAAUGGUCAAUAUUUCUGGUGCAUUCAGAUCAUUAAAAAAAAUCUAUAUUCCUUUGAUAACAUUUCUUAGUAUUUUAUUUUGUAUUUUAAUACAUCACAAGAUGAGAGAGAGAUUGAGAAAAUGAUGCUGUAUUUUAAUUAUUGCAGUAAGAUAGUUUCAUAAGGAUGAAUAAUGUCGUUAAAAUAACAAACUAUUUGGUAUCUGUUAAACUAAUUAACAGGGUCUAGGUUGUUAUUGCGAGAUUUUGCAUCACCUUUUAGGCUACUUUUACACACAGGCUAAACUCUCUCUCUGAAGUUUGUAUUCGUAUUUUUUCGUUCUUGGUGUUAUAACGUUUUGCGAUUGUUAGGCCUAGUUCUUAGGGAUGUAGGCUAUAUGAAACAUUAACUAUUUUUAAAAAUAAAAUAAUGAAAGUAUCUUGUCCAACAGUGUUCAAUGGGUGCUCUCAAGAUAUCUGUAGAAAAGUGGUGAUAUAGUCUAUUUAUAUUAAUAUAACAUAUCUUCUGACAACUGGAUGUGCUUUAACAAUUCACUGUUAUUAACUUAAACAUGAAAGAACAAUUGUCUUCUUAAAUAUAUCAAUCUUAUUGCUUGAGGAAGGCUGUGUGUAAUUAAUGGUUUGCCCUUUAAAAACCAAAUCUUUGGUCAUGUCUGAAAAGGUAUUGGAAAUAUAGUAUUUACUCUGAUGCUAUUAAAUUAAUGUAUACAUUACAGACAAAAAUCAAUAAUUAUUUUGAUGCUCCUGGAUUAUAAGUAAAAGUUCCUUUUAAAAAUAUUUAGGCUAAGAUUUUUCUCUCCAUCUGCACUAGCCUAUUACCUCAAAAUCAAAACUGUAGUGAUUGUCUCCAUUUAUAUUUGUAAUUGUAUCUCAAUUGUCUCGAUACUCAAUAUGAACACAAUGCUGUGUUAUGCACUUCCUACAUUUUAGAAUAGAACUACACUAAAUAUGCUUUGAGAAAUGAUUCAUCCCAGAGGUGGUGACUGUAGGUCUUGCAUGAUUUGUACUGUAUCUGCACUAGCUAUUUUUGUUAUCUUUUUCCCUUUAAAGUCUGAAAAGGUUGUGUAA